CAGCAGCAUGUUCAGUUGAGACGCAAAGUUGUUGUCAUGUCUGCAGUCAGCGCGACAAGGCUUGGUUAGGUGUCAUUAUACGGAUAAUUUAAGAAAUGAUUUGAUAUUUUGAAUAGAUUUUUUUUACAUUUUAGUUGGUCAGAGAGCAGGUAUACUCCGAACAGGAUGGGUAGUGUGUGUAGAGAGAUCGUGACCAUACAACUGGGGCACUAUUCAAACUUUGUCGGGACACAUUGGUGGAAUUUACAGGAUGCAUCCCUGUCCUAUGAGCCGGACUCGACAGCACCCCUUAGCGAACUGCAGAGUGAUGUGCUGUUUCGGGAGGGGAUGACGCUAGGGGGGCAGGUGACCUACACCCCCAGGCUUAUAGCCAUGGACCUCAAGGGAAGUCUCCAGACUUUGAGGCAGGAGGGCAGCCUGUAUGAAACAGGAAAAGACACCAGUGCUUUCACAUGGGAAGGGCCAAUGAUGACGCACAGGGAAAGCCCCCCAACAAAAAACCCAUUUCUUCUGGAUUUGGACAAACUCGAGGAGGGGGAGAUACUGGCCGAACCCGAGUUCAGCACAGCUCAGCUGCAGCAGUGCUCAGGGGCUGUUGCCGUGCCGACGGUGAACAGCAGUCUGGAGCAUGCUCAGAAGCUGUACAGGCUGGAGGGCAGCGUGAGAGUGUGGUCGGACUUCCUGAGGAUCCACCUCCACCCGAGAACCAUCUCCGUCAUCAACCAGUACAACCACGAUGGGGAAUCCCAGCGAUUGAAGGCUUUUGGCCAGGGGGAGGCGCUGUGCCAGGGGGUGGUGCUCGAGCAGCUGGAGGACCGGCUGCAUUUCUUCGUGGAGGAGUGCGACUACCUGCAGGGCUUUCAAGUGCUGUGCGACAUUGCCGACGGCUUCUCGGGCUUGGGGUCAAAGGUCACGGAGCUGCUGCACGACUCGUACGGUGGGCGGGGCAUCCUGACAUGGGGGUUGGCGCCUGUCAAUCAUCCGGACUCGAGUCCAGUGAAGGAGUUCUACCACCUGAUGAACUAUGCCUUGGGCACGAUCAAUAUGGCCAAUCACAGCUCUUUCUUCUGCCCUCUGACCCUGAGAGGGGGGCUGGGCUUACGUCCGACUCCGCCCGCCUCCUUUCCCCACCUCAACUAUGACCCCACUCUCUGGUUCCACUCCGCCGCGGUGCUGGCGCUGGCCCUGGACUCCCUCACCGUCUCCUACAGGCUGCAGCACCACAGCGCCCCCAUGUGGCACCUGGCGGACGCGCUGGCCGUCUCCGGGAGGAAGGUGGUGGCUGCAUACGGGGCCAUCCCCUUCCCCAUGACGCAAGGCAGCAGUCUUCCCGAUGCCCUGGCCGGGUACACAGACACGUUACCAUGGAGACCCCUAUCAGCUUGCUCGGAGCUGGGCGACGGGCGCUGUUUCAGCCAAUCGGUGACUCUGAGGGGCCUGGAGGGGCAGAGCCUUGUCAGCCCGCUGGCCCCUGGGACGGAGCCCCCCACCCCCCUGCACAGCUCCCGAAGCGGAGAGGAGGUGCUGACCGACUUCUUGAGGACGCACUACCCAUCCACUCCUCUGGCAGUGCAUCUGCUGUCCCAGCCCAGUAAGGUGACCCCUCCCUUCCCCCAGAUUUUCAGCCCGUACCUGGACUCCCAGGGGUCCCUGCGCCCCCAGAACAUGCCCCCCAACACCGUGUCCAGCCUGCCCGUGCUGUCGUCCCUCCAGUCCUCUCCGGCCCUGGGCCCCUGGCUGUCCGAGCUGCACCGCGGGGCCACCGCCCUGGACCCCCGGCGAGUGGCCCCCAGCUUCCUGUCCCAGGGGCCCGAAAUCGGCGAGAUGCAGGAGGCCCUGGACCAGCUGCGCACCUUGGCGCACUGUUACCGCGACGACCGGGGCGGAGUCCUGCACUCCUCCUCCGAGGACGACGACGACGACGACUGAUUCGCUUCUUUAAGAAGGCGGCGUCUCCUCCUCCAACCCCCUUCCCUCCCCAUGCCUCAGCGACAUUCCGGCAGUUUCCUCCAGAUUCCUGCGGACCGGGGGUCAAGGACGGGUGGCGUUAUGCCAGUCAUGAUUUAAGUAUAAAGGAUGGGUGAUGGAGGGAAAGUUUGGAAAGUACGGAAGAGGAUUAGGGUCACGUGAAAAAAUUUCUUGAGUUCUGACUUUAAAGUCAGAAUUCUGAGAUUAAAGUCAGAAUUCUGAGAAUAAAGUCAGAAUUCUGACUUUAAAGUCAGAACUCAAAAAGAAAUUGCUCGUGGCCCUAAUCCUCUUGCGUAGGAAAGAAAGAGGAGAUGUACAAAGACAAAGAAGGGCUCUGAAGGGACAGAGAGGAGCGGUGGCGAGUGUGAAGGGGAGAGCAGGAAAGUGAUGGGAGGAGAACGUCUCUGCCCGAGCCCCGCUGUGACGCGCUCCUGUAACCGUGUAAAUAAACACACUUUGCUAAAACACAA